AUGGGUAUGUACAGUUGCCCCCUCCAAGCACGGCACUCCCCCGACAGUUGCCCCCUCCAAGCACGGCACUCCCCCGACAUUUCCCCCCUCCAAGCACGGCACUCCCCCGACAGUUGCCCCCUCCAAGCACGGCACUCCCCCGACAGUUGCCCCCUCCAAGCACGGCACUCCCCCGACAGUUGCCCCCUCCAAGCACGGCACUCCCCCGACAGUUGCCCCCUCCCAGCACGGCACUCCCCCGACAGUUGCCCCCUCCAAGCACGGCACUCCCCCGACAGUUGCCCACUCCAAGCACGGCACUCCCCCGACAGUUGCCCCCUCCAAGCACGGCACUCCCCCUACAGUUGCCCCCCCAAGCACGGCACUCCCCCGACAGUUGCCCCCUCCAAGCACGGCACUCCCCCGACAGUUGCCCCCUCCAAGCACGGCACUCCCCCGACAGUUGCCCCCUCCAAGCACGGCACUCCCCCGACAGUUGCCCCCUCAAGCACGGCACUCCCCCGACAGUUGCCCCCUCCAAGCACGGCACUUCCCCGACAGUUGCCCCCUCCAAGCACGGCACUCCCCCGACAGUUGCCCCCUCCAAGCACGGCACUCCCCCGACAGUUGCCCCCUCCAAGCACGGCACUCCCCCGACAGUUGCCCCCUCCAAGCACGGCACUCCCCCGACAGUUGCCCCCUCCAAGCACGGCACUCCCCCGACAGUUGCCCCCUCCAAGCACGGCACUCCCCCGACAGUUGCCCCCUCCCAGCACGGCACUCCCCCGACAGUUGCCCCCUCCAAGCACGGCACUCCCCCGACAGUUGCCCCCUCCAAGCACGGCACUCCCCCGACAGUUGCCCCCUCCAAGCACGGCACUCCCCCUACAGUUGCCCCCCCAAGCACGGCACUCCCCCGACAGUUGCCCCCUCCAAGCACGGCACUCCCCCGACAGUUGCCCCCUCCAAGCACGGCACUCCCCCGACAGUUGCCCCCUCCAAGCACGGCACUCCCCCGACAGUUGCCCCCUCAAGCACGGCACUCCCCCGACAGUUGCCCCCUCCAAGCACGGCACUUCCCCGACAGUUGUCCCCUCCAAGCACGGCACUCCCCCGACAGUUGCCCCCUCCAAGCACGGCACUCCCCCGACAGUUGCCCCCUCCAAGCACGGCACUCCCCCGACAGUUGCCCCCUCCAAGCACGGCACUCCCCCGACAGUUGCCCCCUCCAAGCACGGCACUCCCCCGACAGUUGCCCCCUCCAAGCACGUCACUCCCCCGACAGUUGCCCCCUCCAAGCACGGCACUCCCCCGACAGUUGCCCCCUCCAAGCACGGCACUCCCCCGACAGUUGCCCCCUCCAAGCACGGCACUCCCCCGACAGUUGCCCCCUCCAAGCACGGCACUCCCCCGACAGUUGCCCCCUCCAAGCACGGCACUCCCCCGACAGUUGCCCCCUCCAAGCACGGCAGUGUAAACAGAAUUGUCUCGUUGAGCCCAGCAUUCAUACAGCAACAAUACUAA